AGUCGCAGUAGUGUGUCAGCAGCCAAUGGGAGAAGAGGCGGAAUACUUUCUUGUACUUUGAAGUGUAUUUUAAGUGCGUAACUUAUGAAGAAAUUAUAUUUCUCGUCAAAAUUACGGUGCGACAAACAAAUUUAAUUGACAAAAUCUAUUUGAUCGAACGUUUCGAAGCUGCAUUGUUAAUAUUUCACCAUUGCAUUGUUGAUAUUUCGUCAUUGCGUUAACUGCGUCACAAGUGUUUCACCGGGUAAGAACGGUCGAUUCAGUGGAUUAAUUAUUGAAAUUGCGGUGCGACAAACAAAUUUAAUUGACAAAAUCUAUUUGAUUGAACGUUUCGAAGCUGCAUUGAUAAUAUUUCACCAUUGCAUUGUUGAUAUUUCUUCAUUGCGUUAACUGCGUUACAAGUGUUUCACCGGGUUAUAUUGGAGAAAUUAUUAUACCUUCGUUAUCUUUGGAUUAUGUAUAAAGACAUGUUUGUCGCAAGAAUUGUUCCAUGGGAGUUAAUGGGAACUGUAAAGGAUUGUUUACCCAUUGAAAUGAAAAUACAUUUAUUGCCAAUAGCAACAAGACUGAAAGAAUUCAGUGGAAAUGAAACAGAUUUAUCGAAAAAGUGGGUAAACAGUUCAUUAAUCUUAAUUGAAGCAUGUUUGGACAAAACGUGGGAAAUAUUAAAUGCUGGUUAUUGGAAGUAUGUUCCAAUAGAGUACCGAUAUUGUUAUUCAUUAUGUACUAUCUUAAAGGCUGUAUUACUUGAGAUUCAACAUCAUGAGAAUGAUGACAAAAAGUUCUCAAAUAACAUGACAUUGUUAAAAAGUAUUGUCCAACAAGUAGACAAAGGUAUUUUAUUAGGAUCACCACUUCUUAAUAUGCCUGAUUUAUUACCAACAAUCGCAUCACAGUUAAAUAAUUGUAGUGCCUCACAAUUAUUGAAGGCAUCAUCUCUUAAGGAAUUAAUUGGCGGUUUUGAAAGUAUAGUUGAUGUUACUCUUCCUGGAUUCAAAAACAUCCGUGAAUACAAUGAACCAUCAAUGGAAUUGUUCUACAAAGAAAUCUUCAGGCUCAAAAUUCCAGCACUUCUAAAAGAUUGCAUUAAUCAUUGGAGAGCUUUGGAACAAUGGCAAAAUAUCAAUUAUUUAAGUAGAGUAGCAGGACAUCGAACGGUACCAAUUGAAAUUGGAUCACGUUACACAGACGAAGACUGGACCCAGCAACUUGUUCUGUUUUCCGAAUUUUUACAAAAUCAUAUAUUAUCAAAACACGAUAAAAUUGGAUAUUUGGCUCAACAUCAACUUUUUGAACAGAUUCCAGAAUUGAAAGAUGAUUUUACAAUACCUGAGUAUUGUAAUUUCACAGACAACGAUGAAGUGGAACAACCAGACAUAAAUGCAUGGUUUGGGCCCAGUGGAACUGUCUCACCAUUGCACUUCGAUCCGAAAAAUAAUCUCCUGUGCCAGGUAUUUGGAUAUAAAAGAGUUAUCUUAUAUGAUCCAAAAGAUUCACCUAAUCUGUAUCCAUAUGAUACACGAUUACUUAACAAUACUGCUCAAGUAGAUCCUUUAAAUCCAAACUAUGAGCAAUGGCCAAAUUUCAAAAAAUCGUCAGGGUUUGUGAGUUAUUUAAAACCUGGAGAAAUGCUUUAUAUUCCUCCAAGGUGGUGGCAUCAUGUAACUGCUUUAACACCAAGCUUUUCAAUAAGCUUUUGGUGGAAUUAGGCAUAGUAAGUGAAUGAAAUUAAGAUAAGUAAAUAUAAAUACAUAGAGAAUGAUUACACAUAAGUACUCUUAGUAAACGAUCUGUGAUACCAUGGUCAAAUAAAAUAAUUAAAACAAACAUAUCACAAUAAAAUAUAUUUGUGAAGUUA